AUGUGUGCUCUGUUUGUGCUGGGGAUGGUUUUUCUGUCGUACCCGUAUUGGGGUGACCUUCAGGAAGUUGGACAAGAUCUCGGAACAAUGUGUUAUAAAUGCAAGAAGUAUCAUCUUGGGCUAUGCUAUGAUGUCAUGAGGUCCUGCACACUGAAGCAUAGACAGUCCUGUGCUGCUGAGAACUUUUACAUACUCACAAGAAAAGGGCAGAGCAUGUAUCAUUAUUCAAGACUGUCAUGUAUGACCAACUGUGAGGACAUCAACUUCCUGAGUUAUGAAAACAGAAUAGAACUCAUCUGUUGCAAACAUAGUAGCUAUUGCAACCUCCCAAUGGGACUCUAG